GUCUUCACCAGCUAGGACAGUUGUGUCUCUGUUGUGAACUUCCCCACUUCCAUCCACUUCCUGUCCUACAAGAAUGGAUCCCCAAGGCCUGAGGGAAGACCUCCGUCUGUUUCAAACCACUUUGCUGCAGGAUGGACUCAAAGAGCUUCUGAAUGAGAACAAGUUGAUCGACUGUGUCCUGAAAGUUGGAGACAGAAGCAUCCCUUGCCAUCGGCUCAUUCUGGCAGCCUGCACUCCUUAUUUCCGGGAGCUGUUCUUCUCAGCGGACGGGAAGGAAGCAGAUAAAAAGGAGGUUCUUCUGGAGAACCUGGACCCCGGUGUUAUGGAGUCGAUUGUAAAUUACAUGUACUCAGCAGAGAUUGACAUCAACGACGACAACGUGCAGGAUAUUUUGGCCGUUGCCAAUCGCUUCCAGAUCCCCUCGGUGUUCACGGUUUGUGUGAAUUAUCUCCAGAAGAAGCUGUCAAAGAAAAACUGCCUUGCCAUCUACAGGCUGGGACUGAUGCUGAACUGUGCCAGACUGGCAAUUGCAGCUCGAGAUUACAUUGCAGAUCGGUUUGAGACCAUAGCCAUGGAUGAGGAUUUCUUAGAGCUCGCUCCACCUGAACUCUAUGCCAUUAUUGGAGCGGAUGCACUGAAUGUAGAAAAAGAGGAGCUAGUGUUUGAGACCCUCAUGAGGUGGAUCAGGAAAGACAAAGAGAAACGUAUGACGUCCUUAGAAGAGGCCUUUGACUGCGUUCGUUUCCGUUUACUCCCAGAGAAGUACUUCAAGGAAAAGGUGGAGAAGGAGGACCUCAUUAAGACUAAUCCUGAGCUCCUCAAAAAAAUCAAAGUCAUAAAGGAAGCCUUUGGAGGGAAGCUUCCCGAGAGGAAAAAGGGGCAAGAUGACGAGGAAGGAGAAGAGGGAAAAUUGCCUGAUUAUCUGAACGAUAACCGCAGAUAUGGCAUGUAUGCCAAAGACGUGGUUGUGAUGAUCAAUGACACUGCUGCCGUGGCCUAUGACGCCCAGGAGAACGAAUGCCUUCUUGCUGCAAUGGCAGAGCCGGUCCCCCGAAACCACGUCAGUCUGAGGACAAAGAAGAACAAUCUGUAUGUGUUGGGGGGGCUGUUUGUAGAUGAAGAGGACAAAGAAAACCCACUGCAGUGUUACCUCUACCAGUUGGACAGUCUCAGUGCUGAAUGGAUCGCUCUGCCACCCAUGCCCUCCCCCAGGUGUUUGUUUGCAAUGGGGGAAUUUGAAAAUCUCAUCUUUGCUGUAGCAGGAAAAGAUUUACAGUCCGAUGAGUCUCAUGACACUGUAUUGUGCUAUGACACAGAAAAAAUGAAGUGGAGCGAAACAAAAAAGUUGCCCUUGAAAAUCCACGGCCACUCUGUGGUGUCCGAGAACGGGCUGGUGUACUGUAUCGGAGGCAAAACAGAUGACAAUAAAGCGACCAAUAAGAUGUUUGCAUACAACCACAAGAGGUCAGAGUGGAAGGAGGUGGCUUCCAUGAAGACACCCAGAUCCAUGUUUGGUGCAGUUCUCCACAAUGGGAAGAUUGUUGUAGCUGGGGGAGUCAAUGAAGAGGGCCUCACAGCUGCAUGUGAAGCCUAUGACUUCGGAACCAACAAGUGGUCACCCUUCACAGAGUUUCCCCAGGAGAGGAGUUCAGUCAACCUGGUCAGCUGUGGAGGGGUGCUGUACGCCAUAGGAGGCUUUGCCGUGGUGGAGAAUGAGAACAAAGAGUGCGCCCCAAGCGAAAUCACUGACAUUUGGCAGUACGUGUCCAUUUUGUUGCACUAUAUUGUAAAAUUCACAUGGUACCGAACAAUGUCAUCUCGUUCACCUUAUUUUAAUACCUAUACCUCUGCUCGUACAGUACAUUAUAGUAACAUGUUUUUCACUGUCCUACCAGGUAUGAAGAUGACAAGAAACAGUGGACUGGCAUGAUUAAAGAGAUGCGUUAUGCAGCUGGAGCCUCCUGUGUGGCCAUGCGUCUGAAUGCAGCCAGAAUGCCCAAACUGUAACAACAGAGACAUACAGAGGACUUUACUGCUUUAGGCAAACAUAUUAUGUACAUGCUCUUAUUGAGUGGCUCCUUUUUAACAUAUCAGACACCUUAAUUGGCUUAUUUCUCAUAAAUCACCAGCAUCUAAACAGUCGGACUAGACAUUGUCAGCCACCCCUCUUCCACACAUGAAAUACUAGUAUUUGUGAGUAUUAUGUCCCUCUUCCAGACUUUGUAACCCUUCAGUAUUAACAUAUUAUCUCCCACAGACUCAUUGUUCAUAUUAUUCAAGAGCAGAACUAUUGUGCCCAUGUGCAUGUUCAUGACAACUGUAUGAGACAACUAGUCAGAACAGACUGGAUUAAACUAACAUAAGGCUUCUGUUGUAAUGAUAA